AAAGACAAACCAAAUUACCAAUAGACUAGAAAUCCAAAGUAACACACAAAUCUUCCUUUCACGUGAAAAAAAAAAUCCUCCGCUCCAGUCGACAAAAAUAUCCAAAACAACAAGAGGAUACAACCCACAAUUGGAUCGACAAAUUCAUCGAAUUCAGUAAGAGCCUGUUGAAUUUCAUGUUCAAUUAAAAAGAUUGAAAAUCCAUGGAUUCAGUAGCCGUAGCCGGAUCGCCCGACCCGACCGACGGCGAGGUUCCAUCAUCGACCACUCCAGGCGGAGGAAAAUCGGCGGAGACCGGGUCAACGGCUGUGCCGCCGAGCCGGUACGAGUCACAAAAGCGACGAGACUGGAACACGUUCUUACAGUACUCGAGGAACCAAAAGCCGCCGCUGAAGCCGUCACGCUGCAGCGGAGCGCACGUGCUCGAGUUCCUCAGGUACCUUGACCAGUUCGGCAAAACGAAGGUGCACUUGACGGGGUGCCUGUUCUUCGGGAACCCGAACCCGCCCUCCCCGUGCACGUGCCCGUUGAGGCAGGCGUGGGGGAGCCUCGACGCGGUCGUCGAACGGCUAAGAGCCGCUUACGAAGAGAACGGGGGGCAGCCCGAGUCGAACCCGUUCAGGGCGACGGCGGUUCGGUUUUAUUUGAGGGAGGUUAGGGAUGAUCAGGCCAAGGCGAGAGGGAUACCGUAUAAUCAGAAGCGGAAAAGGGCAACGGCGGCGGAAAAUGUGUCGGUGGGUGGUAGCAGUAGCGGUGGUGCUCCUGAUGUGGCGGCUACUGUUGCUCCUGCAACUAAAACAGUUGGAGAUGAAGGAAAGGAUCAACGUAAAGAGAAAUCAUCUGGUGGACUCUUUUCAUCAGUCUUCCGAACACCUGAUAAACUGAAUAAAUCCACGCCAGAUCCGAAGUCAAGGGGAGAGGAAGAUUCGGAAUGUUUGCAAUUGCAUGUGGACAAUUAUUCUGAUUCUGAUACCACAAUAUUCCGAAGUACCAAAAAAAUAAAAAAUUAUUCUGAUGUCACAAUUAGCAUAUCUGACCAUCUGAGGAAUUGGUCCGGUUGGUCCAGAAGGACAAAAGGUGUGUUGUCCAUGGAGGAAUUGGUCCCGUUGAACAAAAUGGGAGAGGUAGUCACACUAGGACAGAAGUUAUCUCCAGAAGACAAGGACUCCUUGACAAAAGUGACAGAUGGACUCUCACACUCAUGUGAAAAGGAAGUCUUGGAGGAGAUCUUGUUUGUAGCGAAAGAAUUGGAGGGAACUCCUUCAGACCAACGAGAAUUAGAAGAAUUGAACUGUGAUAAAAAAAAAAAAAAAAGUGAUCCGUUGGAAGUUCCUCCAACAAUCUGUCACCACUUUUCUAUUCUCCAAGAGCUAGAUUUGUCAUAUACUGAGAUAAACUCUUUGCCACAAUCCAUUUCAAGAUUAGUAGCACUCCAAAAAUUGUUCUUGAGAAGCUGCGAGCUUCUAAUGGAACUGCCACCUGAAAUUGGAGAACUCACGAAUCUUGAGGUGCUUGAUCUUGAAGGGACUGAAAUUCUGUGUCUUCCAAAGGAGAUAGCCAAACUGUUUAAUUUGACGUGCUUGAAAGUGUCAUUCUAUGGAUAUGCAAAUCAGACAGUAAUUCCAAGGAGGGUCUUGUCAAAUCUCUCACGCUUGAAGGAGUUAAUCAUUGACGUUACUCCGAAUGGAGAGUGGUGGGAUGUUGAAGCAGAAACUAUUAUAGACGAUAUGCGUAGCUUAAAAGAGUUGACAACCCUGAAAUUGUCUUUACCCACUGCUGAACUAUUGAGAAACCUCGCAAUAUUUCGAUGUUUAGCGAACUUCAGAUUUACAGUUGGCCGUCACGCAGAGCGCUUCAUUUCCCGUUUACCCCAAGAUGUUGAAGAGGAAUUCAAUAAUUGGGAGAAACUGAAGAAAGGCUUGAAGUAUAUAAAUGGAAGUCACGUACCAAAUGAAGUUACCGAGGUAUUCAGACAUGCAAAUGCUUUUUUUCUACAGCGCCAUUGGACAUCUAACAGCCUAUCCGAGUUUGGGCAUGAAAAUAUGAAUGAAGUGAAGUUUUGCUUGGUGAUGGAAUGUAAUGAGUUUCGGACCGUCAUUGAUUCUGAACAGUUUCAUCAAGGAAAAGAUGGUAUGAGUGAAUCCGAAGAUUUCCAAGAUUUUGAUGAAGCAAUUGUGCUUGGAUCACUGGAGAAAUUGAUUAUUCGCUACAUGAAGAAUAUGGAGAGCGUUUGGAAAGGGCCAGUUGGAAAAGGGUCUUUGUCCAAUCUAAAGUCCUUGGCUUUGCAUACAUGCCCCAAUUUGACUACCCUUUUCACAAUCGACAUGUUUAGGAAUCUCUUAAACUUGGAAGAACUGAUUGUCGAAGAUUGCCCAAAAAUCGACAGCCUUGUUAGUCUCAAAAGUUCCGACUCAGAAUCUGGCCUUUUUCUCCCGAACUUGAAGAAUAUUUCACUUCUAGAGCUACCAGAACUGGUCAGCAUCUCCAGUGGCUUAUGCAUCGCUCCAAAUUUAGAGAGGAUGGUAAUCUUUUAUUGCCCAAAGCUCGAAAAGCUUUCUACCAUGGAUGUCUCCAGUACAAAAUUGAAGGUAAUUAAAGGAGAGAAAGAAUGGUGGGACGCAUUAAAGUGGUAUGAAUCGGAUCUGAGCACGGAACAUGAAGAUUAUUUGGCUCGUCUUUUUAUCCCUUUGAGAAGGGAUGGGAAUCUGAUGGGUCAAUUAACAAAAGACUAGAUUGCUGCACAUGGUCAGGGUAAAGUUGGAAGCUACGAAUGACCUGCCUAAGCCACCAUUGAAUGGUAUCUUCACAUGCUUGUUGGUAUGUGCGUAGCGGGGAUAAACCAACGCAUACUUGCAGGUUGAAUAUCUUUUCACCCACAAGCAAUCUGUGCAAUCUGAAAACUGAUGGGUCCUGCUGAUUUUUCAAUGGUUUAGAACUGCUGAUUAAGGCGGGUUAGGUGGUUGGCAAAUUUCAAAAGAAAAAAGAUGAUUUGAAAUAAGAUAGCGAAAAAUGAGGGUAAAUGAUUAACAAGGUCAUUUAAACAACAGCAACGAACAAUUUUUUAGAUCAUUGAAUGUUAGAGAGCAAUUUUAAUAGCAAUGUGCAUGGUAUUUUUAAACACAAUUUGUAGCUGGUUGCAGUCUAAGUUCAUUACGGGUUAAGAAGAUUUCAAAGUGUUUGCCAAAAGCUUUUUGUUUGUUCUUGUUCUCUUCAUUUCAUGAUUGUUCUGCCACAUUUGGAUACUGCAAGAACAAAUGUAGCAUCUGACUUAACCCUCUGCCUCUGAGGUAUCAGGGCAGAUGAUGCAUCCAGCUAAAUACCCUCUUUUCUUGUCACAAUCGUCGUAAAUAAUUGGCCAAAUUUAGGCUGCAAAUACAUUUC